UUAUUUUAUGAUUAUUAGUUGUAUCUGUGUGUAGUUAUCUAAUCAAUCAUCGUCAUUAGUGUCCAGUAGUCAAUAUCUAAUAGUAUUGAUUAAGAUGGAUAUGAUAACUUGUGAAUUUAAGCACUAAAGUUAGUAACUUAGCAGGCAUAAGUUACCCUUUUCAUUGCUAUUUAUAACUCUUGUUCUAAAGGCUGGAAAUUCAUAUUUAUUUGUAAAUUAUUUAUAACAUGAAACACCUCAGAAGACCUAUUUCAAUAUUUAAUUGCCUUAAAAUGAAUAAUUUAUUCGGGACUAAUACCACUGUAGUAACACCUAGGUCUAGGACAAUAAAUAUAAUGGUUCAUCAAAUCAAAUUCAGACAGUUUCACGCCACAAUCCAAUCGAUAAGAAUCACCAAUAAAUUUAUGAUGGGAUAUACCUAUAAGACUCUUGUUUCAAACAGCUCGAAAAAUGUGAAUCAACUUUCAAAGAUAUUCCAGUGUUCAGAGGAAGAAGUAGUCAAUCUCUUUUUAAAUUACAACCUGGAAAAUUUAAAUGUCUAUGAAUUACAAAACUGUUAUGAAAUAUUACAAACCUAUGGCAUAAACACAGCCACUAUCAAAGAAAACAUAUGGAUUUUAUUCUUUAACAUACAUAAACUUACUUCACGGCUAGAGCUCUUGGUCAAGUGGAGGUUCAACGAUAUCAACAAUGCAGUCAGAUUGUUACAGCUUCCUUUUAGAACUUUUAAAAGAUACACGUUUCAAACUGAAAGAGACUUUGACUCUUUGAACGGCCAAAAUAGAAUGACUUACUUCUCAUCAUUUACCAAGUGCAAGGAAAAAGAUGCCAGUGACCUCUUCUUUAACUAUCGUUUCAUGAUGACAAUAAAUUUAGAUUGUUUCACAAGAAUUCUAGAGGUGACAAGAGAUGUUGGUAUAUUAACAGAAGAUUUACUGAGUGACCCUUGGUUGUUCAAAUAUCACCCCCAAGUAAUUGUGAAAAGAGUACAAUUCCUGAAUGCGAUUAAUGCUGCAGAAAAAUGUAAAGUUAUUAAACCAUGGAUGCUACGAUGCCCGCAGUCAGUAGUCAACAGAUAUUUUGAGUUGAGGGACGAAAACAUAGCUGCAUUAGGUUCGUACACUAACCUCAAAGAUCUUCUGAUCAACGAACUGGAACUGAGUGAUGUUGAAGUUGAGGGAAUGUUAAUGAAACAUCCACCCCUCGCUAAGAUCAGCUACUCCAAGGCCAAGGAGAUGAUCGACUUCCUCAAGUCACAAGGAUUCUCAUCAAAAAUGAUUUGCCAAGUGCCACGGGUCUUGUGUCACAAGCAGGCUACGUUAUUGGCAAGAUUGUUGGAACUAAAAAAGAUCAACCCAAGAAUGUUGAGCCUUCAAAAUCUCUGUAGGAAUAAAAAAGACUAUCAAGCUUUUCUAAUCAAAGUGCAGAAUACUCAUUCUUGAAAUAGAAGAUGUCCAGAUGCUGAAUCAACUGUUUACUGAGUUGCUUUUCGUUUGGCAGUAAUGUGUUCCGACAUGGAGUUGAGGUGAAUAAACAGAACAGCUGCCGCUACACGGGAUUGUAGAUCCAACUGACUGAGAUCAUGAGCCCACUCCACACGGCCCCAGUGACCGCACUGCAACACACGGAGGGCUAUGGUUAAAAUUGCUACACACGUGAUGUGCAAUUUUCAACAUUUAUUUUAUCACAAUUAUGGAAGUUUUUUAUACCCAAUACAUUUUUUAUUGGUUUUUUUUUGCAGAAAAUUAUCAUAGAUAUCAAGCUGUAUAGUUAAUUUUUUACAAUUUGAAUGAGUUGUUUUCGCCCAUUAAAUAUGAAUUGUUAAUUAUA